GGCUUAUCGCAGGCUUGGCGUCUCCUGCUUUUCCUCCCACUGACACGCACAGCAAACCCUCGAAUGGCCUCAGCAUGACCUACGCGACCGCCGCGCCCGCUACUGCUGGCGGACAGAGCAACUCGCCGCCUGUCUGCCAGAACUGCGCUACGAGCACCACGCCGCUCUGGCGCCGCGACGAGUCGGGCGCCGUGCUGUGCAACGCCUGCGGCCUGUUUCUGAAGCUGCACGGCCGCCCGCGCCCCAUCUCGCUCAAGACGGAUGUCAUCAAGAGCCGCAACCGCGUCAAGACGGGCGGCCCGGGGCGCAAGAAGGGCAUCAACGGCCUCGCUGCCGCCCACCCCGACGCCGACGGCCAGCUCGGGCUCGCCCAGCACCGCCGCGCCUCGGGCAAGAUCUCAUCGGGCCUGUCCGACCGCUCGCAGUCGCCCAUCUCGCGCACCGGCACCCCCAACUUCGCGCACCCCUCCAACAUCGCGCCGCAGCACAUGUUCGAGCAGGCGCUGAGCAGCGACGCCGUCUUCCACCACGGCUUCGGCCUGCGCCAGCCCUCGCCAGGUUCCGUGUCGUCACUCACCGGCGCGCACCUCGAGCCGCCGCUCUCGUACGACUCGCUCGCGGCCCAGAACACGGCCCUCAAGACCCGCGUCUCCGAGAUGGAGCUCAUCAACGACCUCUUCCGCAACCGCGUCAGCGAGCUCGAGACCAGCGAGGCCCAGGCGCGCGCCACCGAGCAGGCUCUGCGCGCCGAGCUCGACGCCACCCAGCAGCGCGAGCAGGCGCUCAAGCGCCGCAUCGAGGAGAUCGAGGAGGACAGCCCGCGCCACAAGAAGAUGAAGAUGAGCGAUCUGGUCGACGAGAGCCGCGCCGGCUCGCCCAUCAGCGCCAUGGUCGAGUAGCGGCUGAGCGCCGCAAACACACACAAGACGCUACGCAAGACGCAUUCGCAAUUCGCAAUAUGCAAUAUGCAAUAUGCUCCCCCACGAAACCCGUCCUGGGUCAUGAUGACCCCUAAUGUCUGAAUACCAAUUUUUUCUUCUUUGCCCGCCGCGUGCGGGUGUUCUGUAUCUAAGUUUGCUUUUUGCGCGUUUGAUACCAGGCUGCGGUGUGCUGUGCCGUGCUAUGCUGGGCUGGGGCUGCGUGCUGCGUGGGGUGCGCGGCUGCGUAAUGGGUGGCGGUGCCGGGUGCCAGGUGCCUGGUGCCGGGUCGGGUGCCGGGUCGGGUGCUGGGUGCUGGGUUAUGGGAAGGGGUGUAGGGAAUG